UGAAGUGUCUACAAGAUAUUUAAAUAAUCUCAUUUGGAAACUUUGCAUAAUUUAACUUACAAUUUCUAUUAUUUAACCACAACAAUGUAUUUUCUCCUCUAUGACUACACCUUCAACCACUAUAAUGCCAGUACUGACAGAGAUGAAAUCCUCCCACAACCAGUUCUGCAGCACAUGGGGAAACUACCACUACAAGACGUAUGAUGGCGAUUUCUUCCAGCUUCCAUUCACUUGCAACUAUCUCCUCACGUCACAUUGCAAAAGCGAUUAUGAGACCUUCAAUAUUCAGCUGCAGCGUGAGGAGAUAAAUGGAGUCACUAGCAUUAAGAAGGUCUCUAUGAAGCUGGAUGGAGUCGUGGUGGAAUUAACCAAAACUUCCAUCAUAGUCAAUGACAAACCUGUCACCAUACCCUACAUCAGAGCUGGCAUUUCAAUCAAAAGAUCUGGCUCAUACGUCAAAAUGGAGGCCAAGCUGGGAAUGGAUAUCAUGUGGAAUCAAGAGGACACGUUGUGGGUUGAGCUGGAUUCAAAGUUUAUGAAUCAGACUUGUGGUCUGUGCGGUGACUAUAAUGGAGCCCAGAUUUUUAAUGAAUUCCAGACACCUGAUAUGGAGAGCUCCAUAAGUAUUGAAGAUUAUGGAGAGCUCUCAAAGAUCAAUGGUCCAACUGAAAGCUGUCAAGAAAUCUCUCCAGUCAAACAGAUCUGUUCAAAUGAGACUGAGAUCUGUAAGAACCUGCUGUCAGAACCUGCGUUUCUCAGCUGUCAGAACCUGAUUGACACUGACUCCUUCAUCAAAGCCUGUGCGAUGGACCUGUGCAGCUGCAGCAACAGCAGCUCCUCCUGCCUGUGUUCCACCAUCUCAGAGUUCUCCCGUCAGUGUGCACACGAAGGCGGACGGCCACAGAAAUGGACGACCAACAAACUGUGUGAAAAAUCAUGUCCACUCAACCUGGAGUAUUCUGAAUGUGGGAACCCUUGUACUGACACCUGCAGCAAUCAACACAGAAAGGAACUGUGUACGGAACACUGCAUAGACGGAUGCUUCUGUCCCUCUGGUACUCUCCUUGAUGACGUCACACACAGCGGCUGUGUAGCUGUUGACCAGUGCCCCUGCCUGCACAACGGCCAGUCAUACCAACCUGGGGAUUCUUACUCAAGCACUUGUCACAAAUGCACAUGUUCUCAGGGUCAGUGGAGCUGUUUAAAUGUAGACUGUCCUGGUGUCUGCUCCAUCGUUGGAGGCUCUCACAUCACCACCUAUGAUGCUAAAACCUAUACGUUCCAUGGAGAUUGUUCUUAUGUUCUGUCCAAGGGACCUAAUGGAAAUAUCACUGUUCAUGGUGACCUUGUAAAAUGUGAGAAAUCAGAGAAAUCCACGUGUCUGUCUGCUGUCACGCUGUUACUGCCAAAUGAAAUGAUGCUCGUGAUUAAAGAAAAUGGACAGGUCCUCUACAACUCACUGAUUUCUCAACUUCCUCUUUACAGGAAUGAGUUCAUAGCGUUCAGCCCAUCAACUUUCUUUAUUGUAAUCCACACUAUAUAUGGGUUUGACCUUGAGAUCCAGAUCAUACCAUUUAUGCAGGUCCACAUCAAAGCUAGUGUUUCCAAUAAAGGACAACUCACAGGCCUUUGUGGAGAUUUUAAUGAUGUUGAAGCUGAUGACUUUAAAAACACAAAUGGUUUGAUUGAGGGAACUGCUGAAACAUUUGCCAACGCAUGGAAAAGCAGAACAAACUGCCCUGAUGUGACGAAUACACUUGGAGACCCAUGCACAAUCAACAUACAGAAGGAGAAAUAUGCGAAACACUGGUGCUCCUUGUUGAAAGACCCAAAUGAGAUUUUUGCCAAGUGUCAUUCUGAAAUCAGCCCUAACGUCUUUCACGAUAAUUGUAUUUACGACAGCUGUGCCUGUGAUAACAGUGAGGAGUGUAUGUGUGCUGCCUUAUCCUCCUAUGUACAUGCGUGUGCGGCUGCAGGCGUCUUUCUUAAUGGCUGGAGAGACACAGCGUGUGGAAAAUACAUAGAUGACUGCCCUGCUACGUUUGUGUAUGACUACCAGAUGACAAGCUGUGGUCGCACCUGUCGUUCUCUUACUCAGUCAGAAUUAACAUGCGACAUUGACUUUACUCCACUUGAUGGCUGCGGCUGUGCUGAAGGAACGUACCUCGAUGACAAGGGAGAGUGUGUGACAGCGUCACAAUGCCCCUGUCAAAUGGGAGAAACUGUGGUACAAGCUGGAAAUGUCAUCAAAGUUAAUGGACAGACCUGCUUCUGUCGGGGUGGAAAACUCAUAUGUGCUGGAAGCUACUUAAAUGAAUCAUGCAGCGAGCCCAUGGUUUACUUCAACUGCUCCGGGGCAAAGCCAGGUGACAAAGGGUCAGAGUGCCAGAAAAGUUGCUCACUGGCCACAGAAUGUCUCAGCAAACAGUGUGUCCCGGGAUGUGUGUGUCCUGAUGGCCUUUUGUCAGACGGAAACGGAGGUUGUGUUGAGGAGGAGGACUGUCCCUGCACUUAUAAUGGAGAAUCGUAUAACGCUGGACAGUCUGUCACUGUGGGCUGCAACACAUGCACUUGCAAAGGCAGAAACUGGGCCUGUACAGAUAAUGAAUGUGAUGGUGUCUGCACCAUCUAUGGAGAAGGACAUUACACCACUUUUGAUCAAAGAACAUUCAUCUUCAAUGGGAACUGUGUCUAUGUCGUUACUCAGGACUUCUGUGAUGAUGAUGAAGACGGCAGCUUCAGGGUCUUGAUUGAGAACGUCCCAUGUGGAACAACUGAGAGCAUCUGCUCCACAUCUAUCAAACUUUACUUAGGGAACAGUGAAAUUGUUCUUUCAGAGGAAAAUGUCAAAGUUAUAAAUCAGAGCAGAGGGGUGAACAUCCCCUUUCACGUCAACACCAUGGGGAUAUAUGUUGUCAUUGAGGCUCAGAAUGGUCUUGUUGUGAUCUGGAACAGGCUUACAACACUGAUAAUCAGACUACGGCCUGCGUUCCAGGGCAAAGUCUGUGGCCUCUGUGGGAAUUACGAUGGGAACGUCAAGAACGAUUUCACCACAAGGAGCAAAGAAGUUGUGGUUGAUGCCCUUGAGUUUGGAAACACCUGGAAAUUAUCAUCAACGUGUCCUAAUGCAGUGGCACUGCAGGAUCCAUGUAGCGUGUCCCCACACAGGCAGGCAUGGGCAGCCAAACACUGCAGUAUAAUCAACAGUGACGUGUUUGCUGCUUGUCAUUCAAAGGUGCCUCCCCAAAAAUACUAUGAUGCCUGUGUGGGAGAUACAUGUGGCUGCAACACAGGAGGAGACUGUGAGUGUUUCUGCACGGCUGUAGCCGUCUAUGCAGCAGUCUGUAAUGAGGCCGGGGCCUGUGUCAGAUGGAGGACUCCCACUGUUUGCCCUUUAUUCUGUGAUUAUUACAACCCUGAUGGGGAGUGUGAGUGGCACUAUGAGCCCUGUGGAAAGCCAUGCAUGAAAACAUGCAGGAAUCCUUCAGGAACCUGCUACAAUAAAAUUCCUGCACUAGAAGGCUGCUAUCCACUCUGCCCACCUGAACGCUCAUAUUUGGAGGAAACUACUAUGAAAUGUGUGUCAAAGGAAGAUUGUGGCUGUUACGAUGAUGAAGGAAACCAUUAUACAGAAGGCGCAACCAUGCCUUCACAGGACAACUGUAACAAAUGUCACUGUUCUUCAACAAAGGUGAUAUGCAGCUAUGAACAAGAUUGCCCGUGUUCAUAUGGAGAGCACAAUUACCAGUAUGGAGACAUAGUCUACAAAACCCAUGAUGGAAAUGGAGCCUGUUUUACUGCUGUUUGUGGACCAAAUGGCACUGUUAUUAGGAACAUUGAACCAUGCUUCGAAACUACUACUGCAACACCUAUUUUUACUUUUACAACAUCUGGAUCAACAACAACCACUGAAGGUUCCACGACAACCUCAAGCCCUGAGUCUAAAACAACCACCACCUCAUCAACAACAGAAAAGCCCACUGGCACCACAACUUCAGGAUCCACCACAACCACAGAAAGUCCCAAAACAACAACAACCUCAUCAACAAAAGAAAAACCCACUGGCACAACAACUUCAGGAUCCACUACAACCGCAGAAAGUCCCAAAACAACAACAACCUCAAGCCCUGAGUCUAAAACAACCACCACCUCAUCAACAACAGAAAAGCCCACUGGCACCACAACUUCAGGAUCCACCACAACCACAGAAAGUCCCAAAACAACAACAACCUUAUCAACAAAAGAAAAACCCACUGGCACAACAACUUCAGGAUCCACUACAACUGCAGAAAGUUCCAAAACAACAACAACCUCAAGCCCUGAGUCUGAAACAACCACCAGCUCAUCAACAACAGAAAAGCCCACUGGCACCACAAAUUCAGGAUCCACUACAACCACAGAAAGUCCCAAAACAACAACAUUCUCAUUGACAACAGAAAAAUCCACUGGCACAACAACUUCAGGAUCCACAACCACCACGGAAAGUCCCAAAACGACAACCUCAAGGCCUGUGUCUAAAACAACCACCACCUCAUCAACAACAGAAAAAUCCACCGGCACAACAACUCCAGGAUCCACAAAAACCACAGAAAGUCCCAAAACGAGCGUGACCUCAUCAACAACAGAAAAACCUACUGGCACAACAACUUCAGCAUCCACAACAACCACAGAAACUCCCAAAACAACAACCUCAGGCCCUGUCUCAAAAACAAUCACCACCUCAUCAACAACAGAAAAACCCACUGGCACAACAACUUCAGGAUCCACAACCACCACGGAAAGUCUCAAAACGACAACCUCAAGCCCUGCGUCUAAAACAACCACCACUUCAUCAACAACAGAAAAAUCCACUGGCACAUCGAUUUCGGGAUUCACAACCACCACGGAAAGUCCCAAAACGACCACCACCUCAUUAACAACAGAAAAACCCACUGGCACAUCGAUUUCGGGAUUCACAACCACCACGGAAAGUCCCAAAACGACCACCACCUCAUUGACAACAGAAAAACCCACUGGCACAACAAUUUCAGGAUCCACAACCACCACAGAAAGUCCCAUAAGAAGCACCACUUCAUCAACAACAGAAAAACCCACUGGCACAACAACUUCAGGAUCCACAACCACCACAGAAAGUCCCAAAACGAGCACCACUUCAUCAACAACAGAAAAACCCACUGGCACAACAACUUCAGGAUCCACAACCACAACGGAACGUCCCAAAACGACAACCUCAAGCCCUGUGUCUAAAACAACCACCACCUCAUCAACAACAGAAAAACCCACUGGCACAACAACUCCAGGAUCCACAAAAACCACAGAAAGUCCCAAAACGAGCAUGACCUCAUCAACAAAAGAAAAACCUACUGGCACAACAACUUCAGGACGCUCAACCACCACGGAAAGUCCCAAAACAACCACCACUUCAUCAACAACAGAAAAACCCACUGGCACAACAACUUCAGGAUCCACAACCACCACGGAAGGUCUCAAAACGACAACCUCAAGCCCUGUGUCUAAAACAACCACCACCUCAUCAACAACAGAAAAAUCCACUGGCACAACAAUUUCGGGAGUCACGACCACCUCGGAAAGUCCCAAAACGAGCACCACUUCAUCAACAACAGAAAAACCCACUGGCACAACAACUUCAGGACCCACAACCACCACGGAAAUUCCCAAAACAACCACCAUCUCAUCAACAACAGAAAAACCCACUGGCACAACAACGUCAGGACCCACAACCACCACAGAGAGUCCCAAAACGAGCACCACUUCAUCAACAACAAAAAAACCCACUGGCACAUCAAUUUCAGUAUUCACAACCACCACGGAAAGUCCCAAAACAACCACCACCUCAUCAACAACAGGAAAAUCCACUGGCACAACAAUUUCGGGAGUCACAACCACCACGGAAAGUCCCAAAACAACCACCACCUCAUCAACAACAGAAAAACCCAUUGGCACAACAACUUUAGGAUCCACAACCACCACGGAAAGUCACAAAACGACAACCUCAAGCCCAGUGUCUAAAACAACCAUCACCUCAUCAACAACAGAAAAACCCACUGGCACAACAACUUCAGGAUCCACAACCACCACAGAAAGUCCCAAAACGAGCACCACUUUAUCAACAACAGAAAAACCCACUGGCACAACAACUUCAGGAUCCACAACCACCACGGAAAGUCCCAAAACGACAACCUCAAGCCCUGUGUCUAAAACAACCACCACCUCAUCAACAACAGAAAAACCCACUGGCACAACAACUCCAGGAUCCACAAAAACCAGAGAAAGUCCCAAAACGAGCAUGACCUCAUCAACAACAGAAAAACCUACUGGCAAAACUUCAGGACGCUCAACCACCACGGAAAGUCCCAAAACAACCACCACUUCAUCAACAACAGAAAAACCCACUGGCACAACAACUUCAGGAUCCACAACCACCACGGAAGGUCUCAAAACGACAACCUCAAGCCCUGUGUCUAAAACAACCACCACCUCAUCAACAACAGAAAAAUCCACUGGCACAACAAUUUCGGGAGUCACGACCACCUCGGAAAGUCCCAAAACGAGCACCACUUCAUCAACAACAGAAAAACCCACUGGCACAACAACUUCAGGACCCACAACCACCACGGAAAUUCCCAAAACAACCACCAUCUCAUCAACAACAGAAAAACCCACUGGCACAACAACGUCAGGACCCACAACCACCACAGAGAGUCCCAAAACGAGCACCACUUCAUCAACAACGAAAAAAUCCACUGGCACAUCAAUUUCGGUAUUCACAACCACCACGGAAAGUCCCAAAACAACCACCACCUCAUCAACAACAGAAAAAUCCACUGGCACAACAAUUUCGGGAGUCACAACCACCACGGAAGGUCCCAAAACAACCACCACCUCAUCAACAACAGAAAAACCCAUUGGCACAAUAACUUCAGGAUCCACAACCACCACGGAAAGUCAAAAAACGACAACCUCAAGCCCAGUGUCUAAAACAACCACCACCUCAUCAACAACAGAAAAACCCACUGGCACAACAACUUCAGGAUCCACAACUACCAAGGAAAGUCUCAAAACAACCACCACCUCAUCAACAACAGAAAAACCCACUGGCACAACAACUUCAGCAUCCACAACAACCACAGAAACUCCUAAAACAACAACCUCAAGCCCUGUGUCUAAAACAACCACCACCUCAUCAACAACAGAAAAACCCACUGGCACAACAACUUCAGGACCCACAACGAACACGGAAAGUCCCAAAACAACCACCACCUCAUUGACAACAGAAAAAUCCACUGGCACAACAAUUUCGGGUGUCACAACCACCACGGAAAGUCCCAAAACAACCACCACCUCAUCAACGACAGAAAAACUCACUGGCACAACAACUUCAGGAUCCACAAAAACCACAGAAAGUCCCAAAACGAGCACCACUUCAUCAACAACAGAAAAAUCCACUGGCACAUCAAUUUCGGGAUUCACAACCACCUCGGAAAGUCCCAAAACAACCACCACCUCAUCAACGACAGAAAAACCCACUGGCACAACAACUUCAGCAUCCACAACAACCAAAGAAACUCCCAAAACAACAACCUCAGGUCCUAUCUCUAAAACAACCACCACCUCAUCAACAACAGAAAAACCCACUGGCACAACAACUCCAGGAUCCACAAAAACCACAGAAAGUCCCAAAACGAGCAUGACCUCAUCAACAACAGAAAAACCUACUGGCACAACAACUUCAGGACGCUCAACCACCACGGAAAGUCCCAAAACGAGCACCACUUCAUCAACAACAGAAAAACCCACUGGCACAACAACUCCAGGAUCCACAAAAAUCACAGAAAGUCCCAAAACGAGCAUGACCUCAUCAACAACAGAAAAACCUUCUGGCACAACAACUUCAGGACGCUCAACCACCACGGAAAGUCCCAAAACAACCACCACUUCAUCAACAACAGAAAAACCCACUGGCACAACAACUUCAGGAUCCACAACCACCACGGAAAGUCUCAAAACGACAACCUCAAGCCCUGUGUCUAAAACAACCACCACCUCAUCGACAACAGAAAAAUCCACUGGCACAACAAUUUCGGGAGUCACGACCACCUCGGAAAGUCCCAAAACGAGCACCACUUCAUCAACAACAGAAAAACCCACUGGCACAACAACUUCAGGACCUACAACCACCACGGAAAUUCCCCAAACAACCACCAUCUCAUCAACAACAGAAAAACCCACUGGCCCAACAACUCCAGGAUCCACAAAAACCACAGAAAGUCCCAAAACGAGCACCACCUCAUCAACAACAGAAAAACCCACUGGCAAAACAACUUCAGGACCCACAACCACCACGGAAAGUCCCAAAACAACCACCAUCUCAUCAACAACCGAAAAACCCACUGGCACAACAACUUCAGGAUCCACAACAACCAAAGAAACUCCCAAAACAACAACCUCAGGCCCUGUCUCUAAAACAACCACCACCUCAUCAACAACAGAAAAACCCACUGGCACAACAACUUCAGGACCCGCGACCACCACGGAAAGUCCCAAAACGAGCACCACUUCAUCAACAACAGAAAAACCCACUGGCACAACAACUUCAGGAUCCACAACCACCACAGAAAGUCCCAAAACGAGCACCACUUCAUCAACAACAGAAAAACCCACUGGCACAACAACUUCAGGAUCCACAACCACCACGGAAAGUCCCAAAACGACAAUCUCAAGCCCUGUGUCUAAAACAACCACCACCUCAUCAACAACAGAAAAACCCACUGGCACAACAACUCCAGGAUCCACAAAAACCACAGAAAGUCCCAAAACGAGCAUGACCUCAUCAACAACAGAAAAACCUACUGGCACAACAACUUCAGCACGCUCAACCACCACGGAAUCCCAAAACAACCACCAUCUCAUCAACAACCGAAAAACCCACUGGCACAACAACUUCAGGAUCCACAACAACCAAAGAAACUCCCAAAACAACAACCUCAGUCCCAAAACAACCACCAUCUCAUUAACAACGGAAAAACCUACUGGCACAACAACGUCAGGACCCACAACCACCACGGAAAGUCCCAAAACGAGCACCACUUCAUCAACAACAGAAAAACCCACUGGCACAUCAAUUUCGGGAUUCACAACCGCCACGGAAAGUCCCAAAACAACCACCAACUCCAUGACAACAGGAAAAUCCACUGGCACAACAAUUUCUGGAGUCACAACCACCACAGAAAGUCCCAAAACAACCACCACCUCAUCAACAACAGAAAAAUCCACUGGCACAAAAAUUUCGGGAUUCACGACCACCUCAGAAAGUCCCAGAACAACCACCACCUCAUCAACAAAAGAAAAACCAACUGGCACAACAACUUCAGCAUCCACAACAACCACAGAAACUCCCAAAACAACAACCUCAGGCCCUGUCUCUGAAAAAACCACCACCUCAUCAACAACAGAAAAACCCACUGGCACAACAACUUCAGGACCCUCGACCACCACGGAAAGUCCCAAACAAACCACCACCUCAUCAACAACAGAAAAACCCACUGGCACAACGACGUCAGGACCCACAACCACCACAGAAAGUCCCAAAACGAGCACCACUUCAUCAACAACAGAAAAACCCACUGGCACAACAAUUUCAGGACCCACAACCACCACGGAAAGUCCCAAAACAACCACCACCUCAUCAACAACAGAAAAACCCACUGGCACAACAACUUCAGGACCCUCGACCACCACAGAAAGUCCCAAACCAACCACCACCUCAUCAACAACAGAAAAACCCACUGGCACAACAACGUCAGGACCCACAACCACCACAGAAAGUCCCAAAACGAGCACCACUUCAUCAACAACAGAAAAACCCACUGGCACAACAACUUCAGGAUCCACAACCACCACGGAAAGUCCCAAAACGACAACCUCAAGCCCUGUGUCUAAAACAACCACCACCUCAUCAACAACAGAAAAACCCACUGGCACAUCAAUUUCGGGAUUCACAACCACCACGGAAAGUCCCAAAACAACCACCACCUCCAUGACAACAGAAAAAUCCACUGGCACAACAAUUUCAGGAGUCACAACCACCACGGAAAGUCCCAAAACAACCACCACCUCAUCAACAACAGAAAAACCCACUGGCACAACAACGUCAAGAUCCACAACCACCAAGGAAAGUCCCAAAACGACAACCUCAAGCCCUGUGUCUAAAACAACCACCACCUCAUCAACAACAGAAAAACCCACUGGCACAUCAAUUUCGGGAUUCACAACCACCACAGAAAGUCCCAAAACAACCACCACCUCCAUGACAACAGAAAAAUCCACUGGCACAACAAUUUCAGGACCCACAACCUCUACGGAAAGUCCCAAAACAACCACCAUCUCAUCAACAACAGAAAAACCUACUGGCACAACAACGUCAGGACCAAUAACCACCACAGAAAGUCCCAAAACGAGCACCACUUCAUCAACAACAGAAAAAUCCACUGGCACAACAAUUUCAGGAGUCACAACCACCACGGAAAGUCCCAAAACGACAACCUCAAGCCCUGUGUCUAAAACAACUACCACCUCAUCAACAACAGAAAAACCCACUGGCACAACAACUUCAGGACCCACAACUUCUACGGAAAGUCCCAAAACAACCACCACCUCCAUGACAACAGAAAAAUCCACUGGCACAACAAUUUCAGGAGUCACAACCACCAAGGAAAGUCCCAAAACGACAACCUCAAGCCCUGUGUCUAAAACAACCACCACCUCAUCAACAACAGAAAAACCCACUGGCACAACAACUUCAGGACCCACAACCACCACGGAAAGUCCCAAAACAACCACCACUUCAUCAACAACAGAAAAACCCACUGGCACAACAACUUCAGGACCCACAACCUCUACGGAAAGUCCCAAAACAACCACCAUCUCAUCAACAACAGAAAAACCUACUGGCACAACAACGUCAGGACCCACAACCACCACAGAAAGUCCCAAAACGAGCACCACUUCAUCAACAACAGAAAAAUCCACUGGCACAACAAUUUCAGGAGUCACAACCACCACGGAAAGUCCCAAAACGACAACCUCAAGCCCUGUGUCUAAAACAACUACCACCUCAUCAACAACAGAAAAAUCCACUGGCACAACAAUUUCGGGAGUCACGACCACCACGGAAAGUCCCAAAACAACCACCACCUCAUCAACAACAGAAAAACCCACUGGCACAACGACGUCAGGACCCACAACCACCACAGAAAGUCCCAAAACGAGCACCACUUCAUCAACAACAGAAAAACCCACUGGCACAACAAUUUCAGGACCCACAACCACCACGGAAAGUCCCAAAACAACCACCACCUCAUCAACAACACUAAAACCCACUGGCACAACAACGUCAGGACCCACAACCACCACAGAAAGUCCCAAAACGAGCACCACUUCAUCAACAACAGAAAAAUCCACUGGCACAACAAUUUCAGGAGUCACAACCACCACGGAAAGUCCCAAAACGACAACCUCAAGCCCUGUGUCUAAAACAACUACCACCUCAUCAACAACAGAAAAACCCACUGGCACAACAACGUCAGGGUCCACAACAACUACAGAAAGUCCCAAAACAAUAUCAACCUCAAGCCCUGUAUCUAAAAUGACCACUACUUCAUCAACAACACAAAAACCCAUUGGCACAACAACUUUAGGGUCCACCACAACUAUAGCCAGCCCCAAAACAACAACCUCAAGCCCUAUAGUCACAAAUCCGGUGGCAAGAACGUCGUCGCCAGCAACAGGACCCAUGGUCGUUAAUACAACCAUGGGUCCUUGUUUUUGCACAUACAUGGAGCAGCACUUCUCUUCAGGAAGCUUCAUGUACAACAAAACAGACGGAGCAGGGUGGUGUUUUACUGCUUACUGCAACAUGUCUUGCGGUGUGGAGAAGCUUGCUAGACCAUGUCACUCUACUACUCCUCCAACGCAUAGCACCUCAACAAGCUCUAGCACUACAACAUUAACCUCUCUAAAACCCUUCAAGGACUGUUCAUAUUUACAGCCACCCCGAAAGAAUGGUGAGUCAUGGAAUCCAGACAAAUGUACCACGGAAUCAUGUAAUGAUGGAAAAGUCAUUACGGAACAUGUGCCUUGUAAAGAAGUGGACAUUCCAACAUGUACUAAUGGGCAGCCACCAGUUAAAGUCUAUGAUGAAGGAGGCUGCUGUUUCCAUUAUGAGUGCAGAUGUGUUUGCUCUGGCUGGGGAGAUCAUCAUUUCUUGACAUUUGAUGGCACAUAUUACAGCUUCCGGAAAAACUGCACAUAUGUCUUAGUCAAAGAGAUCACUCCCAAAUUCAAUUUUAAGAUUCAUAUUGAUAAUGAAAACUGUGAUGCCACUGGAACCGUGACCUGUCCUAAGUCCUUGACUGUGCUUUACAAAAACUUUGAAAUUCUUCUUACACAACAGAGAAAACCAAAGACUGUGAACUUGGUGUAUGUCAACGGCAAGAAGGUGUCCCCAACCUACUCUAACCAGGACUUCACCAUCACCAGUACUUCAAUUGUGAUGCUUUUGAAAAUUCCAGCAAUUAAAGCAGCUGUGAGAUAUGAAGGGAUUGUAUUCACAGUUGAAUUGCCAUAUUCUCUUUUCAAGAGCAACACAGAAGGACAAUGUGGCACCUGUGACAAUAAUACGAGCAAUGACGGCAGAUUACCUAGUGGCCAGAUUCACCCUUCAUGCUCUGAGAUGGCAAACUCCUGGAAUGUAAAUGAUAAGGACAAACCCUACUGUGAGAAGCCGCCAGCACCAACAUCAAUGCCAAAAAAAACACUACCAAAGCCUGUUUGUGACGUUCUGCACAACAGGGUGUUUGAAAAGUGCAGCAAAGUCAUUGAUCCUCAGCACUUCUAUUCGGCCUGUAUACAUGACGUUACCCACAUGCCAAACUCCGCCCUGGGCUGUUCCAGUCUGCAGGUGUAUGCCAUGUUAUGCGCUGAUGCCUCUGUCUGUGUAGACUGGAGGAGCGCCACAAAUGGACUGUGUGACUCCAACUGUCCCGCAAAUAAAGUCUACAAACCUUGUGGACCCACUGUUGAACCUACCUGUAAUGCAAGAUACAAUGACAAGUACGGGCAAGACUGCCAAAACAUGGCCUUCGCUGAGGGAUGUUUCUGCUCAGAGGGCCUGACUUUGUUCAGUUCCAACGCUGACAUUUGUGUUUCUGCAUGCUGUGCUGGACCUGAUGGUUCUCCUAAACAGUACGGCGAUACGUGGCAGAGUGGCUGUCAGCAGUGUGAGUGUAAUGAAGAUAUGAUGGGUGUCCAGUGUCAGCCUCUCACAUGUCCCAUACAAGAUCCAGUUGUCUGUAAGGGAGACGGACAGGUUCUGGUGACUAGAACAGUGGGCUGUUGUAACCAGUCACAGUGUGAGUGUGAUACGCACCUCUGUCCAUCACCAAUACACAAUUGCAAACUGGGAUUCAAAUUGGAGAUUCAAGCAUCAAGCGACAGCUGCUGCCCCUCGUAUGGAUGUGUACCCAAGCAUGUCUGUGUCUUCAAUGAGACUGAGUACAGGCCUGGUGUGGAGUUCUUCCCGAACCCAUGUGACACCUGUCAAUGUAGUAAAACUCAGGAUCCUGAGACCAAGUUGAAUGUCCACACAUGUCAUUCUAAAGAGUGUUUGACUCUGUGUCCAAAGGGAUUUGUGUACCAAGAGCAGCCUGGACAAUGUUGUGGGUCGUGUAAACAGAUCAGCUGUGUUGCAGAGAUCCCAGGCUUCGAUACAGUCAUUAUCAAUUCCUCCCAGUCUUGGUCACCACCAAAUGACAAAUGUAGCACAUACAGCUGCAAGGAGGACAAUGGUGUCUUUACGGUUCAUAAAGACAAAAUGAUCUGUCCUCCAUUUGAUCAAGAUAACUGCGUUCCUGGAACUGAACAAAGUGACACGAAUGGUUGUUGUAAGACCUGCACUCCUCGUUACAGCUGUAAGAUGAACACCAACACAACCUAUCUUGUCGUCGGCAGCUGCAGGUCAAUUGAGCCUGUGGACAUCAAAAGCUGUGAGGGAUCCUGUGAGGCAUCAUCAACAAUGUACUCUGCAGAGAGCAACAGUUUAACGCACUCAUGCAAAUGCUGUCAAGAAAUGCUCACCAGUAAAAAGACAGUGAAGCUACAGUGCACCGGUGGCAUCAAGAGAGAUCACACUUACAUUUCAGUGGACAAGUGUGGUUGCCAGGUUGCUAAAUGUUCUGAGCAUUAGACAUAAGGACUUAACUUCACUAAUAUUUACUGUACUACUCUCUCUUUUAACUGUAGUCUUUAAUUAUGAAUCUCCUAAAACUAUUACAGAAUCAGGACUCACUACAUGAAGACAGUCCUCUGUAAUUUUAAUGGAAAAUGCAUUUUGCAGAUAUUUGAGCCUAAUUUUGCUCUUAUGAGUUAAAACAGUAAAGAUGCUGUGGUCUGAGAACACACUGUAUCAUGAGGAGGCUGAUUUCAGAUACAGUGAAGAAAUUAAAGGUGAUGGAUAUUGAUACAGAUUUAUAAACAUAAUAUACAUUCUACUUUAACAAUCAAUUUUUUUUCGCUCUCUGAAUCUUUGCUGUCAUUAAAACUUCUAAGUUCAUGCAUCAA